UUUCUCUCUCUACAGACACAGAUGACGGAGGAAUUGUCAAAAAUACUUAGAUGACGACGCCCUCAGCCACCGUCGCCGUCGUUUUGACCCUAGUAAACCUCUUCAUUUAUGUUCAAGCCUUAGGUGGCUCCGCCACCACUCUUGCCGUCGUCUAUGGAGGCUCCGCUACUAUCUGCGGCAUAGUUGCUAACCAACCAAUACAAACAAUCCAAUGUUGGAAAGACAAUCAAUCUACGGCUACACCAAUUUCACCUAACGUUUCGUUCGACUUCAUCGCCGGCGGCCUCGACGGCUUCACCGCCGUUCGCUCCGGUGGAUUUUCUCUCCUUUUCUGGAACACGAGUUUCGUCCCCAAACGACUGUAUUUCAGCAACUCAAACUUGUUAACAACCGUUACAAUGGGUGGCGACAAAAUAUGUGGCAUAACCAACAGUACAAAAAAUGUUACCUGCUGGAGAGGCGAUUUGAGUGAACAGCCAAAUGGGUCAUCACAAUUUAUAUCAAUCUCAUCUGGGUCUGAAUUUUCUUGCGGAGUUUUGGAAAGUUCAAACAGGGUUGUCUGUUGGGGAAAUAGUGAUAUCGCUUCAACUAUCCAAUCUGAGUUCCGUAAUGAAACGAUGAUGAAUAUAUAUGCCGGCGGAAGGCACGCUUGUGGGGUGAACGCUACCGGAUUUUUAAUUUGCAGAGGUGAUAACACAAACGGUCAGCUUGAUGUUCCUUCUAAUUUGUCUUACGAGUAUUUUGGAUUAGCUUUGGGGAUUAAUCAUACUUGUGGAAUUCGUAGGGUGAAUCGCACGGUAGUUUGUUGGGGCGGAAAUGGUGUAUUUUCAAGUAAUGUAACAGAAGGAUAUUUUUUUGAAUCAGUUUCAGCUGGGUUAGAUUUUACGUGUGGAUUAACCACAAACAAUUUUUCAGUGGUGUGUUGGGGGCCAGGUUGGACUAGUAAGAUGGUUCCUCAAGGGGCUGCCCUUCCUGUACCGAUGAUUCUUCCAGGUCCGUGUGUACAAAGUAAUUGUAGUUGUGGUAUAUAUCCGCAGUCUCAAAGUCUCUGUUUUGGCAAUGGUAAUAUUUGUAGGCCUUGUGAUUUCUCAAUUUUAGUACCACCUACUUCACUACCACCACCACCAGCACCACCGCCAUUGGCACCUUCUUCGCCUUCUAAAAGGCUAAGUAGAGGUUUAUUAGCUUUUGCUAUUGUUGGAUCAGUGGGCACUUUGGCAGGGAUUUGCAGUAUAAUUUAUUUUCUUUGGGCUGGUGGUUGUUUUGGAAAGAAGAAAGUACAUAAUUCAGUUCAACCUACUAUUACUGCUACUUCUAAUGGUGGGCAAUUAUCCAGUAGUGGUCCUAUUUCAAGAUCAUCAACUCUUAGGCGUCAAGGGUCGCGGUUGAUGAGGCGUCAACGGAGUGGAACUUCUUCUAAACACGCAGACAGGGCAGAGGAAUUUCUGUUUACCGACCUUGCUGCAGCUACUAACAAUUUUUCUCUAGAGAACAAGAUUGGUGCUGGUAGUUUUGGGGUGGUUUACAAGGGCAAAUUACCGGAUGGUCGUGAGGUUGCCAUCAAACGUGGAGAAACGGGUACAAGAACAAAGAAAUUUCAGGAGAAAGAAAGUGCAUUUGACUCAGAAUUAGCUUUCUUGUCUCGGCUACAUCACAAACAUUUAGUUAGACUUGUUGGUUAUUGCGAAGAAAGGGAUGAAAGGCUUUUGGUUUACGAGUACAUGAAGAAUGGAGCACUUUUUGAUCAUUUACAUGAUAACAACAAUGAGGAGAAGAGAAGUAGUAUAAUUAAUUCUUGGAAAAUGAGGAUCAAGAUUGCUUUAGACGCUGCACGAGGCAUUGAAUACCUUCACAAUUAUGCAGUUCCGCCUAUAAUUCAUAGGGACAUCAAGUCAUCCAACAUCUUGAUUGAUGCAAACUGGAUUGCAAGAGUGUCUGAUUUUGGAUUAUCGUUAAUGGGGCCAGAGAGUAAUCGCAAUUACAGCAGCAGGCCAAUGAAGGCUGCUGGGACAGUUGGGUACAUUGAUCCCGAGUACUAUGGUCUAAAUGUGUUGACAGCAAAGAGCGAUGUAUAUGGACUUGGAGUGGUAUUGCUAGAACUUUUGACAGGAAAGAGAGCGAUAUUCAAGAGCGAAGAGAACGGAGGUGCACCAAUGAGUGUGGUGGACUAUGGAGUACCAGCAAUUAUGGCUGGAGAGUUGAACAAGAUUUUGGAUAAGAGAGUAGGGACAGCAGAGGCAAGUGAAGAAGUAGAAGCAGUGGAAUUGGUGGCGUAUACUGCAAUGCAUUGUGUACAUUUGGAAGGGAGAGACAGACCAACCAUAUCUGAUAUUGUUUCUAAUUUAGAGAGAGCUUUGGCUGCAUUUGAUGAUAGCCAUGGCAGCAUCUCUAGUGGUCCAAUUUCCUUUGUUUCUGAUUGAUAAUUCCACUCUCUCAUUCUUUGUUUA